AUGGUCUGGGACAAUCUCGAAGGCCAUGGCUUCUCCUCGCCGCGUCCGCCUGUGGGCUCCUGGCCACAGCAGACGCUGCGGUCUCGAACUGGAUACAUUCCGCACGCUCCUGCCUCCGCCGCAGCUCCAAUGACCACAAACGCCAACACCUCCGGCGCAAGCAGCACCGCGCAACUGGACCCAGGUAAGCUCGACGAUUUGGGCGACUUCUAUCUGCUGCGCGCUGACAUCCCGACUUCUCUCUGUAGCGGGUGCCCCUGACUCUGGAGUGCUUCCACAACCACACGCCAUCGUCGCCAUGCCCGCUAUCGUGCCUGCCACCCAGAGUGCUCUCACUGCGGCCGACAUGCGUGACAUACAGGACAUUCUUGCUGCUCGGGCUUCGGGCUCGACUUCCGCAAGCGCUCUCGGAACUACCAUGGUCGGCCACUCCUCCACAUCCUUGCCAGGUCUCGGCGGAUACCUUCCAGGGCGUACGUAUUCGCACUCGCACUUGCGCGCAUCGACUCUCGCUGAUCAUAGAUUGCAUUUCACAGAAUCCGCACAGCAGAUGCCAACCUCUGCAGAUUCCAGCUCUGCAAGCUCCGAUCCAAAGCACAUGACCUGUCAGACGCCGAGGACCUUCAUCAAGGUUCUUCAAAUCCUGGAGGAAAAUGGCAACUCUGCUCUCCCACUAGAGCUUCUUGACAAGAUCGCGUACAUGGCGCAUUCCGGGACGUCUGCAGGUGUUGAUCCAGCCCCUCUCGUUGAGCCGCCACUUCCCAUCUGGCUCCACCCUGCGCGCCAUCCGCCAGCCGACGGCUCCUGCAAGUUGAUGGAGUUACCGAUGGAACUUCGUGAGCUGAUAUUCAAGCCCUUGAUUCUGUCCGAGAAUGUCGUGAUCCAUCCGACAUGCUCGAAGAAGGCGACGGAAACAUCCCCAUCGAAGAAGGCGACGGAAGCAGUCCCACGCAUACGGCGGCCGAAGCGCAAUGACACGGGCAAUCUCAUGGCAGUCAACCGCAAGCUCCUUGCAGAAAGCGGCACUUACACGAGCGAUCUCAUGACAGUCAACCGCAAGCUCCUUGGGGAAAUCAAGACUUGGUUGUACAAGGAGCAUACAUUCGUCGUCCACGUCCACGAAGGCCUUUUCAGUGGUGGCAUCGAAUUUCUCGAUGCGGGACGUCAAUCGCUCCAAUUCCAAGAUUGCGAAUCCGACACGCGCUUCGCUAGAUUCAACAAUCUCGACGAAUAUGGCUUCAAGAAGGUCAAGAAGCUCACGGUCGUGUUUUAUCCAGCCGCCAACAAGGCUAGGCACACGGCUCUUAGCACUCAUUACAUGAGUACCGCCCUUGCUCGGCUGUUGGAUCGGUAAGUCUGGAGCCAGCCACUGAUUAUCAGAGCACAGCUGACCUUCAACCUUAGUGGUAGUAAAGAAGAGGAACGCAUCAAGAGACUCAACAUCUGCUUCGCGAUGAACAAUUCGUCAGCCGAGGAGUCAGUUUCAUAUUGGUGGGACGGCGUCCGGAAUCAACCGCGCAGUACGAGCAUGAACUGUGUUUCCGACAUCGAACUCGUCUUGCACCCAUUCUCGAUUCUUACCAGAAUCCACAACGUCACCAUCACUCUCCCACCUUUGCUCCGUGGCCACGAGCCAACGACCUCCUACGCCAAAGACCUUGCUGAAGGCAUGAAGAGUACCCAGCUACUCCCACAAUUGCACGAUGAUCUGCUGUCUCAGCAGGCCGAGUGGCUGAGAGAGCAAAUGGAAGAAUACAUCUUUACAACCAAGUACGGAGCGAAGCCGGCAGCAAUCGAUAAGCUCACCCAAGACGAGAUGAUGGAAGAGAACGAGGAGUUCAAAGAUACACAGAAGGAUGAAGAGGUCAACCCGAAUGGGGCCAGGGCUGUGGACAUUUUCGAUGACGGCGAUUACGGCGAUGGCGAGUCGCAUCAGUCGAGCUCCUUGCUGCCUCAUCAAGCUGUACACCAAGCUCGAAAGGACCAAGAAUCUCCGGAAUCUCACAAAGAGAGGAGCGCCGAAUUGUAUCGAGCUCGGCAGGCUUCCAUCAUGGGCUCUUCGGAUCGUGAAAUGCUCAACUUCACAGACCACGGAUCCCGGAAGUCUCACGAAGAGAGGGACACCGACUUGCAUCAACCUCCGCAGGCUUCCUCCAUGGCUUCUGCGGAUCGAGAAACCGACAACGUCACAGGCCCUUCUGCUACGGUGAUGGACCCAGUUGCCGUCGCUGAGGUCAUGGGCUUGCUCACGAGGGAGGAAAUUGAGAUGCAAGCCGUGCUGCUUGCACAGAUCCCACAACCAGGAGAGAGAUUUCCCUAUCUGUAG